AUGCAUUCCACUCUUGUCGCCCUCAUUGCCUUGCCCUUUGCGGCUUGGGCCAUCAACUCUUCUGUCAACCACACCGUUAUUGACGACAACCGGGCGGUUGAACUUCCAGGUGUUCUCAGAUACCCCAUCAAGGGUGUUCAGGGCUCGUCUGGUCUUUCCAAGCGACAGGACGGCCAAAGUCUCCAUUCCCAGCGGCAUGGCCUAAUCUACACCAUUAAGCUCGACAUUGGCACCCCCAAAAGCACUGUUGAUGUGCAGUUCGAUACCGGUUCCAGUCAGCUUUGGGUCAACCCCAUCUGCUCCCAUGCCGCUAGGCCAGCCGACUGUACCAAGCUCGGACGCCUCCGAUACUCAUCCACCUUGAAAACCCUCGGGAAGACACACAAACUCACGUAUGGAAGGGGCUACGCCUAUGUAAAGUACGUCAGAGACUUUGUGCAGGUCGGAUCUGCCAAGUUGCCCAAUCAGACCUUUGGUGUUGCCAUUGACAGCGGCUUCGUGUCAGCCGGCAUCCUGGGUGUUGGCCCUUCCAAAAGAGGCAUGAAAAACUCGGACUUUGUUGUCAACUCCCUCCACAAACAAGGCUUCACCAAGAGCAUUGCCUUUGGUGUUGAUCUUCAGGGCAUCGCUUCUGCCCGCGGUAGCGUCGUCUUUGGCGGUGUCGACCUGAAGAAGUUCCGUGGUACCCUGCACGCGACUCCCAUUCUCGACAGGGCAGCUGCUCCUGACCACGCUCCUCGCUACUGGAUCAACCUCGAUAGCAUUUCGCAGACAGCCGGUGGCGAGACGGUUACUCUUGUCGACCAGCGUUUUCCCGUCUUCUUGGAUACCGGCGCUACCUUGUCGUACUUCCCCCCUUCUAUUGUACGGAAGCUUCUCCAGGGAUUCCCUGGCGCCAAGCGUGAUAAGUAUGCCAAUUACAUUGUCAACUGCUCUUUGCGAAGGCAGAACGCCUCUGUCGACUUUCAGUUUGGCAGCACUGUCAUCCGGGCCGCGUACAAGGACUUCAUCUACCCUUUUGACGACAACGCUUGUGCCCUGGGCUUCACCGAAGCUACUGACAAAGCCUAUAUCCUGGGCGACAGUUUCCUCCGAUCCGCCUACGUCGUCUUCGACCAGACCAACAGGCAACUCGCCCUUGCUCAGGCCGCUGACUGCGGCACUCGACUGGUCGCGAUUGGUCCUGGCCCUGCCGGUCCUCUUGUUGGCGAGUGUGGAAGGCCUCCUGUUACCAGCAACACUACUUUUCACACCUUUACCAAACGUACAUCAAACAAGACGAGUUCUUCUACCAAGAUGACCACGACUGCCUCGCCAACCUACACCUCGACCUUGACCACUACCAAGGUCUACACCAUCACCACCGAGAUCGUCACCUCGCUUACCACCUCGCACCCCGGUGAGAACCCCAAACCUACAUACCGUAUGCAUUCCCGGCUGCACAGGGGAUCACGACUGCCGCCCCAUCCCAAGAGCACCGCGGGAUGCCCUAAUGGUGGCGACUGUCCCCCUCCCGCUGUCAGCACGGAGGCUUCUAGCCGCCUCCGUGGCGAGAUCUGCCCUCCCCUGCCAACAAUGUGA